AUGCGGGCAUCAUGGUGGAUCGGAAUCUGUGCCACAGCCCUACCAACAACCAUCCUCUCUCUCGAGACAGCACCCUUCUCCACUCCCGAGAAUGUCGAAGCCAGCAGAAGAGCCUUUGAUGUGCUCCAACUUUUAAAACGAAACGACAACUGCCCCAGCGGCUACCACGGCUGCUCAAGCGAAGGCAACGCCAACGCCUGCUGCAAAACCGGCACAACCUGCACCAAGGACUCGGCCGAAAAUAUUGCCUGUUGUCCAACCGGUGCCAGCUGCACGGGCAGUUUAACAGGUACCGCGACAUCGACAGCGACCGAUGCAACGGGCAGUAGCUUUGUGUUCCCGCAGGGUGCGACGGCGACGACGACAACAACAACGACGGAUUCAGGAUCAGAGACUACGUCUACAGUGUCUGGAGCGUACCCGUUUGUCUAUGUGCCUACGAGCUUUUCGAAUGCGAAGACGUGCUCUUCUUAUUACUCGCAGUGUCAGUCUGAAUAUACGGGGUGUACACAGGAUCUUCUGGGUAGGUAUGGAGUUACUGUUGGUGGAUCAGGUGGGGGUGUGACGGUUGAAGCUGUCACCGCUUCGUCGCAGGCUACAUCUAUCUGUUCGAGUUUGAGUGCGCAGGCUUGUCAUGGGUUGAGUUUGGCUUAUUGUGCUUCUGUGGAGACAGGAUCCGCGGAUGCGACUGGGAGUGGAGCUUCAAUGGGUCGGGCUUCGAGUCUACAUGACCUCAUGCUGGGGUUGGUUGUUGGAGUUGCGGGCAUGUUUGUUUAA